AUGUCGGCCAACGACCAGCUCAAGCAGGCCAUCGUGGACAGCGUCGAGCAUGGCGCCUAUCCUGAGCCUGACGUCUCGUCAUCCGAGUUGCCAUCCACGCUCCUGCCUGCCCUCUUAGCCGAUCUCCAGAAAGCCCGGGACGAAGUCAAGGUAUGCAGCGACAUUCGCACUUUGAGCAAAGAUAUUGCGCCCGACGUGGACGGAUGGAUUGCCCAAGCUAAAAAGCUCCAAGCCGACAUUGAACAAUCAAAGGCGACAGCAAGGGACAUUGUAGCACAAGCCGAAGCUGGCAAGGCCUUGAAAGAGAAGACACACGAUGCUGCAAACAAGUUUCGCUUGCUUGAGAAAGAGGUCGCCUUCAACGAGUCUCUGGCCACCACUCUGGACUUGAUCAGGUCGUCUUGUCGCAUACUGGACAAUGCCGACCAAGCAUACGUCAACAACGAUUUACGGACUGCUCUCGACCACACCAAGCAAUGCGACAAGUCUAUUGCUGCUCUGUCUGCAGUCCAGGAUACAAGAGCUGUCGGGCUGCUACAAACACGUAGCUCACGCUUCAAAGCCAACUUUCUGGACAGGACAACAGCCCUCGCUCAGUCACUCAUACAGUGCGAUGCUGAUUCUCGCUCCGUAACCAUCAAGGACCACAUCCCGGAUGUGCCAGCUGUCGACUUGGUUCUGAUUGUGGACACGCUCGACUAUCUUGGAGGCUUGGACAUCUACAUUAGGCGCUUGAAGCGUGACAUAGAAUUCGCCCUUUUCAACCCACGUCUUUCCACAAAACCUGGUCAGCACACUGCUUUCGAAUUUAGUGACGGCUGUAUCAGCGUUUCAAAGGCGACCUCUAGGCCUGAUACUAUUGCUACCUUGGACGACAUCUGGACAGCUUUGAACUUCCUAUCCACAAACCUGCCCAAGUCUGUUUGCGAACCAUUGUCACAAAAGCUACUGCCGUCUCUGUUUGAGACACUCGUGUAUACCUGGCUUGAUCAGACCGUCCCUGUACAAAUUGAGCAGAUGCCCGUCUUUCAACAGAUCUUGGAUCGCGUCUCUAGACUCGCUGAACAGAUUGACGAUCUCAACUGGUCAAGCACCGCUCUGUUGAAAGACUGGGUACAGAACGCUCCUAGAACAUGGCUUUCGAAACGUAGAGAAACUGCACUUGGCGCAGCAAGAAGCCUGCUGUUUUCAGGGCUCAGAGACAGAAGAACUGUCGAGAGAGUCGAAACGCAAACUGUGUCAAAAGGAGAUGCCAUCAUGGGUGGUACUGAUGUCGACUUAGCAGAUGAUGCUUGGGCCACCGAUUGGGACGAAGAUACACCAGAGACGAAGGAAGUCGACACCAAACAGCCUGAACCUUCAACGAACGACGACGACGAUGAUGCUAGUGCCUGGGAUAUGGAUGAUGACGAUGCAGAUGUACCGGCAGAAUCAACUGCGACUAAGGAUACUGGAGAAAAUAUGGAGGAAGACGACGCAGCAGAUGCUUGGGGCUGGGGCGACGAUGAGCAAGCCACAAACGAGACGCCAAAGCCAGAGUCUCCAAGAAAAACAACAAAGGUCGCUCCAACGGAUCAGCCCACACGAUCCGGCGAUAGGGAACUUACGCUACGAGAGACGUACACUGUGACGGCGGUACCGGAUGGUAUGCUCGAGAUUGUCAAGCAAGUUGUCUACUCUGGGUCACCCAUAGGACCAGCAGCCUCCGCGCUGUACACUUUGCCGACAUUUGUACUCGCCAUCUACCGGGCUACAGCAUCAACAGCUUACGGCAAACUGGAUUCUGGCAACAUGCUGAUCUACAACGAUGCGUCUCGAUUAGCUGAUCAGAUCCGUUCUUUCGUCAACAAGCAAGCAGAGAAAGAUGCAAAUUCAACAUUACCGAAUCAUCUACGACCGUCGUCACGACUGAGACUAGACAACGAUAUCAAGGCGCUGGAGACAUUUGCGAAGAGAGCAUAUAGUGCUGAGAUGGAGUCACAACGCACCAUCAUUCGUGAUAUGCUUGACGGAGCUCAAGGCUUCUCCAACUGCAAUGCUGAGCCAUUCGCAAGCGCAUGCGACAGUGCGGUCAGCAUUACCGAGNGGCGCCUGCGUGACGUGCACAAGCAAUGGACACCGAUAUUGUCACGAUCUGCGUUGUUGCAGUCUUCAGCUUCUCUACUCAGCACAGCGAUAAGCAAGAUGAUUAUGGAGAUUGAAGAGAUACAGGACAUUGGUGAAGAGGAGUCGAAGAAGCUUCGCCAACUUUGCGACAAGAUUUCGGAAGUCAAGGAUCUGUUCAUUCAAGAGCAUCCAGAGGGUGGAGAGGCGAGCGACAUGACGGGAAUCUACUGUCCAAACUGGUUCAAGUUCCAGUAUCUGGGAGAACUGUUGGAGAGUUCACUCGCAGACAUCAAAUAUCUAUGGACGGAAGGCGAGUUGAGACUUGAGUUCGAUGCAGAUGAAGUUACGGACUUGAUCGAGGCGCUGUUUGCGGAUAGCGAUUACAGACGCAAGGCGAUAGCGGACAUCAGAAGGAGCUAG